CGAUCGUGAUCAUAUUUAUCAGAUAAGCUCUCAAUCUUUCAUAGCAAUGAACAGUAUUUGUGUAAUAUCGUUGUAUGAAUUAGUUCACGAGAAUGAAAAAGACUUAUUUGAUUAUACUUUUAACAAUUUGUAUCUGCAACGUGUUUUUAGUGACAAGCUCUGAUGAACAAUGCUUCCAUUUUACAUGGUUAAGGAGCGAGAGAAAUUGCACAAUGUACAAUAAAGAUUAUCCUAAUAUUCCUUGUAUAGAACCUAUACAUAUAUUAAAUGAUACAAUACUAGAUACAACUGACCUGUGGAACAAAAUAAAAAAUCAGUCUAUCGAAUUUGCAGAAGACUAUCUUACCCCAAUGAAAUCUUGUGUUUGCAUAAAGUAUACAUAUGUAUAUAAUAGAGAAGUUAUAAAUGCUAGUUAUUUUUGUGGAAGAGUUAUAGAAGAUCAGGCAAUAACAAUUACAUCAGGCUGUUAUGUUACAUAUACUGAAGGAUAUGCUAUUGAAGCAUGUGCUUGUAAAUCCGAAGCCGGCCGCAUACCUUGUAACUCGACAAUAAGAAAUACAUAUUCAAUAUUAAUUACUUUUAUAGCUAUUUUACUAAUAUAAAAUUUAUUUAUAUAUAAAAUUUUUAAUAUUCCCUGUCACUUUCGGAUUGUUUUAUGUCUGAUAUGGAUAAAAUUGUACAAAUUAUAUAUAUAUAACAUUUAUUACAAUUUAUAUUCAAUUAUCAGUUAA